CAAUUGCUCAGAGCCUCAGACUUCCAGAGGCGCUGUAUGACCUGCAUUUCAUUCGAUAUCAGCGUCCUCGAUACGGUUUCCGAUCCUCACCCCAGCGGCCGAUGCACAUGCAUUCAACUUUCAGUAUUUGGUCUUUUGUGAAUCCUUCCAUACAGCAGACGCUCGCCGGUCGUCCUCUUCCUUCUCAAGAACUACCGCUGCCACAUGUGAAUCUGGCGCGCGGAUCAGGAAUAGCCUUCACGGCGGCCGUCGAUAUUGUCACAAUGCAGAGUCAUCGUCUCUGGGGCUGAAUUCGGGGCUUGUAGAUGAUCGCAUUGGGAUAACAGACUACCUACUGCCUAGCACAGGCAACACUCAAUAAGACCAGCCCGCGAUGGCCUCUACUGUCGACGACCAUGUCUUGCCGACACUGGACCUCGACAUCGCACUGGAUUUGGCGGAUCCCGGGACUGUGGUCGAGAUUCCCGACCUUGACUUGGACGAGCAGAGCCCCCUGUUAGCGACCGAAGUCACUACUCAAGGAACUACACCCACCCCAUCGGAUGAAGGCGCGGCCUCGACCCCGACCAGUGUUUCCUUAAACACGCCUCGGUCGAUCAGCAGACGGAAAGGCAAGGUUACAACGAAGCCCAGGCGAGUCAGGACUGGUUGCUUGACGUGUCGCGAACGGCAUCUGAAGUGCGAUGAGGCUUUGCACCAAUGUCAGAACUGUCGCAAGUCGGGCAGGAUCUGCAGGCGUGGUAUUCGCUUGAACUUUAUAGACACGCAGACGGCGACGCCUCCGCACUGUGUGGUGCGUCUGCAAGGGAACCGAGUCACCUUUCGGGAUGAAUCCCGGAUCAUAGCGUCGGAAUAUGUGGGUGGGUUUGAGAGGUACCCUCCGCUUGUCGCAGAGGAACCCGAGAAACAAGGCACGACGGGGUCGUUGAACUCGAAUACGCCGAUCACGUCCAAAGACACCUACAUGCAAGGUUUCGGGAACGCCCAGUCCGACAACAUCGGCGCAUCGCUCACCAGUCUUUCGCACCAUGUUCCAUUGUUCCCCGACCCCAACACCUCGUAUGCUCCCUUCCGGUCGACGGGGCAUGGUCAUAUCAACUCGACCAACCAUACUUGUCUCAAUAAUCCAGAGGAGGUUUUUCUUCUGCAGGUGUUUGUCGAUGAGGUUGGGCUGUGGAUGGACUCUAUGGAUGCGGUCAAACAUUUCACUAAUGUAUUACCAUUCCACGCGUUGGAGGAGCCAAUGCUCUUCAAGGCUAUUUUGGCUUGUGGUGCGCGGCAUCUGUUCCAUGUGAAUACGUCGUACGGAGAGGAAAAGGCUGCACUGUUCCAUGACGAGGCUUCUCAGUAUCUGCUACGCUCGUUGCAGGAUCCGGAUCGCGACUCUGCGUUGUGUGCAACUACAGCCAUUCUCUUGAAUAUCUACGAGCUGAUGUCGGGCCGACCCAUCCAGGGCAUGAGCCAUAUCGCCGGAGCGAGGGCUUUGAUCAAAGAAUGCAAUUGGGACGCGAAGACACCCGGUCUGGGUGGCGCAUGUUUCUGGUUAAAUGUUAGUAUGGAGCUGAUCAGCUGUCUGCAUUUUAACUGGGCGCUCUCCUGGAAUCCAGACUCUUGGGGUGUUGAACUAGAUCUGGACCAGGCCCAGCCGAGUGUGGCCGGUAACGAGGAGGCGUGGACCCACAAGAUGGUCUUCAUCUGCGCCAAGGUUGCGAAUUUCCGGUCGUUGCUGGGCCAAGGCCAGGGCGUGGACGAUCCAAUCAGUGACACACGGGUGAGCCAGCGAUACCAGGAAUGGUGCACCUACAACGAAUGGUGCGAUCAGUGGGCUCGGGCUGUGCCACGCUCUAUGAUGCCAGUGGGCUAUCUGCAUUCCUGGCAGACGAACUCGAAGUCUGUGUUUCCAGAGAUAUGGCUCAUCAAACGUUCCACAAUCGUGGCUCAACUUCUGUACCACACCACUCGCAUCCUGCUGACCAAGACGAACCCUCUUGAAUCUGAGUUCAGUGCGGAGAUGCAGACUGUCCAGCAGGGUCACGCACGAGAUAUCUGCGGGAUUGUCGCGCACUCUAAGGAUCGGGGUGUUGCCAGCCUGUCCAUCCGUUUUCUGGCCAUCGCAGCCGGAUGCCUGGUCACGCGAGAAGCGCAGCACGAGGUCUUCGAGAUCCUUGACAACAUCAUCAAGGAGACCGGGUGGAGAGCGGAGAACGUCAAGACCGAGUUGCAAGCCGCCUGGGGCUGGAGUAGUCACCACGGCCCGCCCAUGGCAACCUCGGAAGACAUCGUGGCGAUGUUCGGCAAUGACCAGCCCUUGCGUCCUAGCCAUAUUGCGCCCCAUUUGAAGAUGUCAGGGGGUGUCAACCCGCUCAUGGCGUCGGCGGAUUUCUCGAUGGAGAACCAUCCGUACCAGGAUCAUUAUGUUGCGCCGCACCGCUCGUUUGGCGAGUAUCCGUAUGGUGGGAUUUAGCUUAGCGUUUGGCUGCAUGAUAUCUAGCGAGAUUUGAUGUUAUUUGAUG